UAGUUUUUUUAUCUCAGUGAUUGCUUUGGAAAUUGAAUUAGAAAAGGUUGCGAGAUUUAUUUUUAAGUUUUAUUUAAAGUGAAUAAUUAGCCUUAAAAUAACUAGAACUGCAAAUGAAAUCAUUAACGCAUAAAUAGUUUUCUAAUCAAUGGAGCUUCGUACAUUUUAAACUUAUUCUGGCCAUCUCUCUCUUUGGAUGUGUCAGGACACUAAACUGAAAACAAGAAUACAUGCAUAUAUGUGCACAAAUAUAUAUAGAAACUACAUAUAUGUUUAUAUAUAUAAUCAUACGAGUAUGAAGAAAAAGAAGACUAAUUUGUAUUUGUGUGUUUAUUUAAAAAAAAAAAAGUGAGAAAUUAAAGUCGAUAAAGUUUUAAGCGAAAUCGUGUAACUAAAAUAGAAAAAUACACAAAUUUCUCAAAAAGAAAGCCGUCAAGAGGAGAAAUUUUUUUUAGUGCUAUUGCUAGAGCUUUAUAUAGGAGUGGUGCACUAGUCUGACAAAAUGUCUGCAAAUUGUUUAAGUGGGUUGGAAAAAAUUAAUCUUCCUGCAGAUGUAAGAGAGAAGUUGGCUGAGCUCGAAUUAGAAUUAUCGGAAGGAGAUAUAACACAAAAAGGUUACGAGAAGAAAAGGACUAAGUUGUUACAACCAUUUUUGACACAGGUCAGCGAAGCCAAAGCAUCCAGCUUGACGGAAGAUGAUAAACAUAAUAAGGCCAACCCACCGUAUUAUAAUAUUAAGGAACCCGGCGCACAGAAUAUAAGGAUUAUGAAAGAUGGCGCUUUAGUGUCCAGUGAAGGAUACAGUUAUGUUACAGAAGUUCCAUCCCUUCCUCACCAAAGACAUUCCAGUUCGUCAACAAAGAAGUCUGAUUAUUAUCAACAGCCAGCCGAUGAUCAAUCCGAACAUGGUUAUGAAAACAGUCGAAUGCGACGAACUCAUCGGAAAAUCACUCACAAUGAAAAGCGCUAUCAUUCAGAAGUUCGUCAAGAGGCAGUGCAGCAGGCACUGGCUGCUCUUAAAUCUCGACCGAAGCCAAGUUUACCUAUGCCAUCAAAGCGAAGCUCAGUUCUAAACAGAAGUCCAGAAAGGAACAACGAUGAUUUAGAUUCGACAACAGACGAUGAUUCUAUACCCGAUGACAUUAUUUCCCCAGACAGAGAAUACAAUUAUCCUCGAGAUCAUGUUAGUAACAUAGUUGAGCCAAACAUAAAGCCACCAAUUCGCGAAUCUUCUAAAGGUAUUUUUCCUGCUAAAAACAGCCAAUCCGAUCGAAGGCAGAAACAAACGUUACCUCCUCUGCCCAAAUUGGAGACUUCUGGCUUGGAUUCGCCAAUAACGACAUUCAAGCAAGAUAAUGAUGAUUAUUUGGAGAACGUAGAAACUUCUAAAGCUUAUGCGGCUCCAGAUAUCACACAGUUUAAUAACACGCGACGUGUUGCUGAUCGCGUAACAAGAUAUGUUAAUAUAUCACAAACUGACGUCAAUGAAGAUUGUAACGGUAAAUGGAAAGUUUCUGCGAAAAUUCAACAGCUUUUGAAUACUUUAAAACGACCGAAACGUCGUCCUUUGCCAGAGUUUUAUGAAGAUAACGAUAUUGAAUUAGAAAUAGCAGCAAAUCCCAAAGAUCCAAAUGCUCCAAAGCCCGAAGGAAGCACAAUGACGGCCGUGCAAGGAGAACAAUUAACUGUGUCAGCAGGAUUGCCUCGCUCCCUCGAAGCUGCUGUACAACGUUACGGUAGCAAUUCAUUUAAAUCUCCAAUGGCAACUGUAGUCGAUCCAAAUGGAAAGAUAACAACAACCCUUACGUAUGGCAAAUUACUGUCAAGGGCACAAAAAAUAGCGUAUUCACUGUCAACAAAAAUAUUUAGUAAAGGUCCCGAACAAGUGACUUUAAAGCCUGGCGACAGAGUUGCAUUAGUAUAUCCCAAUAACGAUCCCCUCAGCUUCAUAACAGCUUGGUAUGGAUGCAUGUUUCGCGGACUUGUUCCACUGCCAAUUGAGUUACCAUUAUCUACAUCCGACACGCCUCCACAACAAGUGGGCUUCUUAUUAAGUUCAUGCGGUAUUACUGUCGCGCUAACAUCUGAGGCUUGUUUAAAGGGACUGCCAAAAUCUAGUACAGGAGAGAUAGCAAAAUUUAAAGGAUGGCCCCGAUUGCAGUGGUUCGUCACCGAGCAUUUGCCUAAACCGCCUAAGGAUUUUAAUGUCGGCAAUAUCCGACUAGAAGACUCGACGACUGCAUAUAUUGAGUACACUACAGAUAAAGAGGGCAGUGUAAUGGGCGUAACCGUUACGAGGCUUGCUAUGAUGAAUCAUUGCCGAGCUUUAAGUAUGGCAUGUCAUUAUACGGAAGGUGAGACUAUCGUUUGCGUUUUAGAUUUUAAACGUGAAGUUGGACUUUGGCAUGCUGUCUUGACGUCAGUAUUAAAUGGGAUGCAUGUACUGUUCAUUCCAUACGCUCUAAUGAAGUUAAGACCGUCAUCCUGGAUGCAACUAAUAACUAAACAUAGAGCAUCGUGUUGCUUAGUUAAGAGUCGUGAUUUACAUUGGGGUCUUUUAGCCACAAAAGAUCAUAAAGAUAUCUCAUUGUCGUCAUUGCGAAUGCUCCUCGUCGCUGAUGGAGCUAAUCCAUGGUCUUUGUCGUCGUGUGACCAGUUUUUAAAUGUUUUCCAGGCAAAAGGCCUUCGUUCAGAUGCCAUAUGUCCGUGCGCGAGCAGCUCAGAGGUAUUCACUGUAUCGCUUCGGCGACCAGGACGAUCUUCGAGCGCAUUUAGUCAAUCGGCUACGGGAAGAGGUGUACUUUCUAUGGCAGCGCUUUCUCAUGGUGUUGUUCGUGUGGAUAGCGAAGAUUCUUUAACGUCCCUAACAUUACAGGACUGUGGCCAAGUUAUGCCUACGGCCAAUAUGGUAGUUGUGCGAUCUGAAGGAUAUCCCGUGCUCUGUAAGACCGAUCAAGUUGGUGAAAUAUGUGUUACCAGUGGUGCUACUGGCGCUAGUUAUUUUGGAUUGGAAGGGCUAACCAAUGCCACUUUCAAGGUGCAACCAUUCUUAGAUGAUCCCGAAUGUGACAAAGACGGUGCUGUUAUUAAAACGAAAUCAAUUAGUGAUGAGUAUUAUGUAAGGUCAGGACUUCUAGGCUUUCUUGGUCCUGGGGGUCUUGUCUUUGUCUGCGGUUCUCGUGACGGUUUAAUGACGGUUACAGGUCGAAAACAUAACGCAGAUGAUAUUAUUGCAACUGUUUUAGCAGUUGAACCGAUGCGAUUUAUCUACAGAGGACGUAUUGCCGUUUUCAGCAUUAAAGUAUUAAGAGACGAACGCGUAUGUGUUAUUGCCGAGCAAAGGCCUGAUUGUUCUGAAGAGGAAAGCUUCCAAUGGAUGUCAAGAGUUUUGCAAGCGGUCGACUCAAUUCAUCAAGUAGGUAUAUAUUGUUUGGCGCUAGUACCGCCAAAUCACUUGCCGAAAACUCCAUUGGGUGGAAUAAAUCUUUGCGAAGCGCGGCGUCGAUUUUUAGACGGCUCUCUUCACCCUGCUAACGUGUUAAUGUGUCCGCAUACCUGCGUCACUAAUCUACCAAAACCAAGAGAAAUUCAUCAGGGUGUGCAUUCCACUGCAAAACUAAGUUCAUCUGGAUGUGGUAUUACAGACACCUCGGUUGGACCAGCGUCUGUGAUGGUUGGAAAUUUAGUGCAGGGUAAUCGGCUUGCGGUUGCUCAAGGACGCGAUCUUGGACUCUCCGAAGACAAUGAACGGAAGUACCAAUUAAUAACAGGCGUUUUGCGAUGGAGAGCCAACACGUCCCCGGAUCAUGUAUUGUUCACCCUUUUAAACACGAAAGGUUCCAUAGCUAAGACACUAACCUGCUCCGAAUUACAUAAAAGAGCGGAAAAAAUUGCAGCUCUCUUGCAAGAGAAGGGCAAAAUCGAACCAAAUGAUCAUGUUGCUUUGAUUUUCCCACCUGGCUUGGACUUGUUAUGUGCAUUUUAUGGAUGUUUAUAUUUGGGUGCCAUUCCAAUCACUAUAAGACCUCCACAUCCUCAAAAUCUAAUGACAACAUUACCUACAGUGAGAAUGAUCGUUGACGUUUCUAAAAGCGUUAUUGUGCUAUCUAUUCAAUCCAUUAUAAAACUUUUGAAAUCCCGAGAAGCUGCCGCCUCUAUUGAUCCGAAGACCUGGCCUUCUAUUUUGGAUAUCGAUGACAAUCCUAAACGGAAACUCACUUGCAUCGCGAAUUGUUCUCUGGACUCCACGGCGUAUUUAGACUUUAGCGUAUCGACUUGCGGAAGAUUAAGUGGCGUUAACAUUACUCAUCGAUCAUUAUCCAGUCUUUGUGCCAGUUUAAAAUUGGCGUGCGAAUUAUAUCCAUCUCGUCAUGUUGCCUUAUGUUUGGAUCCGUAUUGCGGUCUGGGCUUUGCAAUGUGGACAUUAAUCGGUGUAUAUAGUGGCCAUCAUUCUAUAUUGAUAGCACCGUAUGAAGUAGAAGCGAAUCCAAGCCUGUGGCUUUCUACGCUUUCUCAACAUAGAGUUCGAGAUACUUUUUGCUCGUAUGGCGUAAUCGAAUUAUGCACAAAAGCACUUAGCAAUUCCAUUCCAAUGAUGAAGCAAAGAAAUAUCGAUUUAAGAUGUGUGCGAACUUGUGUGGUGGUGGCAGAAGAACGCCCGCGAGUCCAACUCACGCAACAAUUUUGCAAAUUAUUCCAAGCGUUGGGUCUAAAUAAUCGAUGCGUGUCAACCUCAUUUGGAUGUCGUGUUAAUCCGGCAAUAUGUGUUCAAGGGGCUAGUUCAGCAGAAAGUGCACAGGUCUACGUUGAUUUAAGGGCUCUUCGCAAUAAUAGGGUUGCUCUCGUCGAACGUGGAGCGCCGAACUCUUUAUGUUUAAUAGAAUCAGGAAAACUGUUACCAGGUGUCAAAGUUAUAAUAGCCAAUCCGGAUACAAAAGGUCACUGUGGCGACUCCCAUCUUGGUGAAAUAUGGGUGCAAUCUCCGCAUAACGCCAACGGUUAUUAUACCAUUUACGGCGAUGAGACUGAUUACAAUGAUCAUUUUAAUGCUAAGCUUGUCACGGGUGCAACAACCGAAGUAUAUGCGCGAACUGGUUAUCUGGGAUUCUUAAGACGAACAGAAUGCUCGCAAUCUGUUUCGGUUUUAGACGAAACUACUCCAAGCAUCGCGAGCAGAGACAGCGAUAAUGAUUCUCUUAAUUCCUUUAAUCAAUCUCAUCUCAAUUCAAGUAAUAUAUUAACGAGCGAACUGCAUUCGUACAGCACACCACACGAACAACAACAACAUGAUGCAGUUUACGUUGUUGGCGCUUUGGAUGAAGUUAUUUCAUUGCGUGGAAUGAAUUAUCAUCCAAUCGAUAUAGAAAACUCAGUAAUGAGGUGCCAUAAAAAAAUCGCCGAAUGCGCUGUAUUCACUUGGACUAAUUUAUUAGUUGUGGUCGUUGAAUUGGAUGGAAACGAGUCGGAAGCGCUAGAUUUGGUUCCUCUAGUAACAAAUACUGUGCUUGAAGAGCAUCAAUUAAUUGUGGGAGUAGUAGUCGUAGUGGAUCCAGGCGUUGUACCCAUUAAUAGUAGAGGCGAGAAGCAACGGAUGCAUUUACGAGAUGGAUUUUUAGCUGAUCAAUUAGAUCCGAUCUACGUCGCCUAUAAUAUGUAAAUAAAAAUGAACUCAUUUGGCUCGAAUGCAAUUAAUCAUAAACGACAAAAACUCAUAUUCAAUUAAAUAUUAUCAUA